AUGCUCCGCCUCCUCGACCCGCAAGCCACGGCCGCCGUCUCGAUCGACUUUCCCGAGAUCGCAGCCGACCCAUCGCGGUUCCUCGCCAUCAUGGCCGAGCAAGGCUUUGCCGUCGUCACCAACGUUGUCGACGACGUCCCGUACGCCGAAGGUCUCUGGGCGUCGGACCUGCGCGCGAUUCUCGAUAUGGAGCACAGCGCCGAGACGCGUGCGCUUGCAGAGGACCCCGUGCAUACGUGGCCAGCCGAUGUGCCUCUCGGCCGGCCCGUGGAGCACGGCCUUGCCCAAGGCCAGCUCGCGCGGCACAUUCGACGCAACCGCAACAUUCGCCACUGCUACGAGGUGCUCCACCACACGAAGGAGCUCGUCAUCAGCACGGACAGCAUCCUGUUCAAACGACCAACGCCGCCAACGAAGCUGCGCGAACCGUGGGGCCAUGUCGACUACCACCGCGACUUGGUUGAGCACGAGUGCUUCCAGUCGAUCGUGUACCUCUGGGACACGGACGACGAGUCGGGCACGAAGAUCGUCUGGCCCGGAUCGCACAUCACACAGUACGAGGCGGUCAUGGACGCCAACCCGGUGCCGCGGCUCUUUAGCCUCAUCCCGGAAGCCAUGGUGCAAGAGUACCGAGCCGGCGCGUGCCGGGUUCGUAUUCCGAAAGGCGCCAUGAUUGUGUGGAACUCGAAGCUCGUGCAUCAAGGCUACGACGCGCCCCUCGCGGUGCCCGUAAAGUGCGCGCUCGUCGCGUCUGGCGUCAGUGGCACCCACUGGGCGGCGGUGUUCCGCACGCACAGGACGACACGCGAUCUAAACAACCGUCCGCGCGGGCCGAGUCAAGAGUUUGGGCGCGUUCGUCUCCUUCACCGCGCCCACUUGCAUCUCUUGGACGAAAACGGGCAGCUCCAAGGAGAGUUUGCCGCGCUUUUGUAG